CUGAGUUGCUCGGGGCUGAACUGUCUUUCUUUCUCUCGAACUAGAAAAAUUCUUUCUUCUCUGUGACAAAAAAUUCUUUUGAACAAACCCUCCCCUCUUUUUUCUUUGUGGUUGUUACAAAGACAGUAACUGUUCUCACAAGAAGUCCCACAGUCAUGGGUUUGGAUGUACAUAGUGGCUGCAAAAGGAUUCAGAAGGAAAGGAAGCACAAGGACGAGCUGCGUUAGAAAAUAUUUCCAUAUUUGUGCAAUAGGAUUGGAAGAACGAGCACCUCCAUGCUUCAUAGCUGAAGGUUAGAACAAACACAGGCUGCCAGAUACCAUUGCAAACUGCCACAUCAGCAAGGACUGAACCUGGCCAGGGGAACUUCUGACCAAGAAAUAAGAUUUCUAGGUUCUGGAGAAGUCAGUAUGUUGGAUCAGAUUCAUUGGCUGGCUGCCGUGACAGUCCUGGGAGUCCUGGAGCAAGCCUACUUCUUCCUCCAGGUGAUCUAUGCUAGGAGGUUGUUUGGCAUUUCACCUCCAAAGAUCUCAGGCCCUCCUGAAUUUGAAAGGAUCUUUCGAGCACAGGUGAACUCCUCUGAGUAUUUUCCCAUCUUCCUGGCACUUCUGUGGCAGGCUGGACUCUUCUUCCAUCAAGGUCUGGCUGCAGCCUUGGGUGUGCUCUAUCUCUACGCCCGCUACUGCUACUUUAUGGGAUACAAGGCAUCAUCCUCAGAAAGACUCGCCCCGAUAUACUUCAGCGCUGGAGUUCUCUGGAUUCUCAUUGCAGUGUCAGCCCUGGGCAUCCUGCAUUUCUUCCUCUCUCACUAUGUGGGGCUGAACGUCCUCCAGCUUCUCACAGCAUGACCCACUCCUCUGAGCUUCACCACUGUACCCACAUUUCUCCUCACAGAGAAAAGCAAGGCACGACUUCUCAAGAAUAUUUCUGGUUUUCACAUUCUCUGAGCCUCAGAGAAAGGAAAAACAAUUCUUAUCUCAUUUGCUGUGCCUGUGUUUGUGCCAAUGUGGAAUGCAAUAUGGAGUUGGUUUACCCAAAGUGAUGGUGUUUUGUUUCAUUGGCCUAUCAGGGCCAAGCCUGUGUGUGUGUGUCAGGACUGUCAGCUGACAGUCAUGAGAUGCUGCAAUUGUGUGCAGUUGAGUGCUUGGCAGAUUCAGUUUAGAUGUAAUGUAACAUAGUGUAAUAUAGUAUAAUAAAGUAAUUAAUUAGCCUUCUGAUAA